GGGUGCCAGCGAGCGAACCCUGAAGAAUGUAGAGCAGACGAUUCCAUGCAUCUUUAUGAUGUCGCUCAAGCUUAGCCAUCAACAUAGACUACAAAAUCUAGCUUCUCAAUCUCUCCUUGUUCUCGAAUAAGGAUUUGAAAUAAUCUAGCAAGAUGGAGCUAGGACUGCUUAUCCUGCUGGUCAUCUUUGCGACCAAUGUCGUCUCAUGGAUUGGCAAAUCAGUACUGGUCGAACUUGCCUUUGCUGCGUACCAGCCAUUCUUCUUGCGACCUUCUUACACGAAACAACGGGCUCUCAAGAAGGAGAUUCUCGCCAAUAAGGCCGAGCUGAAUGCCACGAGCUCGCAGGAUCAGUUUGCCAAAUGGGCCAAGCUCCGUAGAAAGUUGGACAAGGGUCUUGCUGACCUGGAAAAGCUCAACGGCUCGUUGUCUUCUCACCGAUCCCGGUUCACUAGCCUCUUCUCUACCCUGCUCUACGUGUUCACCUCCGGGCUACAGCUAGUUCUCUGUUGGUACUACCGACGACAACCAGUAUUUUGGCUGCCGUACGGAUGGACGCCUAACGCGGUAUCCUGGUUGCUGAGCUUUGGCGGCGGUCCUAAAGGCUCAAUCAGCGUCACGGCCUGGUCGUUCAUUUGCAAGCGAGUCAUUUCAACAUUCGAAGACCUCGUCAAGGAAUGGAUACCCGAGGUGAUGACCAUGUUUUCAAAGGCUUCUCCAGCUGCUAGUGCAUCAGCAAAGUCUGACAGCAAGGCCGAGCCAAAGCUUACGGCUCCUGUACCUGCUUCUGCUUCGACCACCUCGGAAAAGAAGCCAGUGCCGAUAGAGGACGAUGUGAUCGAGGUCGAUUAGAGCUUCCGAUUGGGAUUGUACGCAAUAUGAUUCUCAUACAACUCUGCAUAGCAUAUCAUACUCAAUUAC